AAGCUACUGUUGAAAUUCCAGUGCUAACCAACUUUAGCUUGCUAACAUGUAAUUCAGCGAAUGUGAAAAACCGCGUUUACAAUUUGACUUAAAUGUUUCAGUAGUAUUUCAUGUCCAGUAAAGGAACAUUGGAAAUAUCUUCUUAAUGUUUGCUACUGCGCCUGUCUCCGCUACAGCACCCAGGACAUGUCCAGUUAGCCAGAGCGCUGCAUUCGCUGGAUAACGAACCUGGCAAGCUAGCCCCGUUUCGACUGGGUCCUGCGUUGAGGGAUUUGAACAGGUUUCGUCGCCUAGAGGACGGUGAAAGCCGGAUGCUGUGACUACCAUGAGUCCCGCAGGCUGCCCCCAUGUCAACGGCUUCAAAGUGGACAACUGGAAGCAGAACCUGAGGGUUAUUUAUCAGUGUUUCGUGUGGAGCGGUUCAGCCGAGACCAGAAAACGAAAGGCCAAGUCAUGCAUCUGCCACAUGUGCGGCGCCCACCUCAACAGACUCCACUCCUGCCUCUACUGCGUCUUCUUCGCCUGCUUUGCCAAAAAACACAUCCACGAGCAUGCCAAGAGCAAAAGGCAUAACCUAGCAAUUGACCUGCUGUAUGGAGGAAUUUACUGUUUUAUGUGCCAAGACUACAUUUAUGACAAAGACAUGGAACAGAUUGCCAAAGAGGAACAGAGGAAAGCCUGGAAAAUGCAAGGCAUAGGGGAGAAAUAUUCAACAUGGGAGCCCACUAAGAGGGAGCUGGAGCUGCUCCGCCACAACCCCAAGAGGAGGAGAAUCACCUCCAACUGUACUAUUGGCCUGCGGGGUCUUAUAAACCUGGGCAACACAUGCUUCAUGAACUGCAUCGUCCAGGCGCUGACGCACACACCGCUGUUGCGCGACUUCUUCCUGUCCGACCGACAUAAAUGCGAGAUGCAGAGCAACUCCUGUUUGGUGUGUGAGAUGUCGCAACUCUUCCAGGAGUUCUACUCAGGCCAUCGGUCACCACACAUCCCCUUCCGUCUUCUUCACCUGGUGUGGACCCACGCCCGUCACCUGGCCGGCUACGAACAGCAGGAUGCUCACGAGUUCCUCAUUGCAGCGCUGGACGUCCUGCACAGACACUGCAAAGACGACAACGGGAAGAAAGCCAACAACCCCAACCACUGUAACUGCAUCAUCGACCAAAUCUUCACAGGGGGCCUGCAGUCUGACGUCACCUGCCAAGUCUGCCAUGGUGUUUCGACGACCAUAGACCCAUUCUGGGACAUCAGCCUGGACCUGCCGGGUUCCUCCACCCCAUUCUGGCCCCUCAGUCCUGGAGGAGACGGAUCAGCACUUAAUGGAGAGAGUCACACCACUGGAGCCACGACACUCACAGACUGUCUGCGCAGGUUCACCAGGCCAGAGCACCUCGGCAGCAGCGCUAAGAUCAAGUGCAGCGGUUGCCAUAGUUACCAGGAGUCCACCAAGCAGCUGACCAUGAAGAAGCUGCCCAUCGUGGCCUGUUUUCACCUCAAAAGGUUUGAGCAUUCAGCCAAACUGCGGCGGAAGAUCACAACGUACGUCUCCUUCCCGUUGGAGCUUGACAUGACACCCUUCAUGGCCUCCAGCAAAGAAAGCAGGAUGAAUGGGCAGUACCAGCAGACUGUGGACCCCUUCAACAAUGACAACAAGUAUAGUCUAUUUGCAGUGGUGAACCACCAGGGGACACUAGAGAGCGGCCAUUACACCACCUUCAUCCGGCAGCACAAGGACCAGUGGUUCAAGUGUGACGAUGCCAUCAUCACCAAGGCCAGCAUCAAAGACGUCCUGGACAGUGAAGGGUACCUUUUGUUUUACCACAAACAGUUCCUGGAGUACGAGUAGCUCCGUCCAUCAGCGCAGCCUGCAGGAGGAGACGAGGGAUGACUCAAGGAUUAGUUGCAUGGGAAAAGGUAACAGAGUGAUGAGACAGGCAUGGAAACAAACUACCUACCUGAUUCACUCAACUCUCACUCAAACAUGGAACCACCCUUACUACAUACUAAUAUAGUUCCACUGUACAACAUUUAACAGAGAACUGCUGCUGUGCAGGAUAAAAGAAAGAACUAAACAAAAUGCAAAAAUAUUUGGAAGGGAGAUUUUUAUGGGCCCUGAAGGAAUAAUGCUUAAAAAGUCUUGAAGACUUGAAUUCAAGGGAAUGAAGAAAAAAAGCUGCUGCUGUAAGAAAGAAAUCACUGCAGAAUCAGUCUGCGGUUGAUUUUUAAACACAGGAAUAGUGUUGUAUCCCUACAUUUUUUUCCUUUUUGGACACAGACACAAGGGCAGAGAGUUAUUUCUAAACCUUACUUUAGGUUUACUUGAUCACAAAUGCUGUUCCUCAACAUGUUUCACACUCACACAGCUGCAUUUAGUAACACCUGAGGGUGCAAAUGAGUGGAGUCGCCGCCUUCUGCAGGCAUUCGAGGCUUUGCUUUAGUGAAGAAUUUCUUCAUUAAUUAAACCGGCAACUUCCUGGACACAAGCACACUUGUCCAACACACCCACACUCCUCCAAAUGACCAAAUAUUUCAAGGAUGGAAGUUGUCUUAUUAUGCAUUUGUAUUCAGAAUGCAAAAAGUUGGGGGAAACAAAAUCACCUGACACAUGGUAUUAUGUAUAUUAUAUAGAGAGACAGUUAAUUCAUUACUCAUGUAGUUGUCAGUCUUUUAGAAAACACUGUCUUUAAUGAGGACAGGAUCUGUUAUUUUCUGUCUCAUGCUGCUUCCAACAGUCACGGGGGAAAUAAAUUACACAGUGAAUAUUAUAUUUUUAUACAUACUGUAAUUAAAUCGUUUGUUUACGGUUUUGCAUUCUCCCUAAACUCUCACACUGUUCGUCUGUGUUACAUUGUGUCGUCAAUCAUGUUUUUUGUACACACAAAAGCAAAAUAGCGCUGAUGAAAUAGCUGCCAUGGCGGCUACAUUUAAAUUUUUAUUUUUAUUUCUGUUUAGUUUGACUAGAAUUUGUCAAAUUUUGUGCCGUUACAGAGGCAUAAUCUCCAUGUUCAAGAUACGUUGUCGUGAUGCUGUUUCAGGUAAAUGGCAAAAAAAGAAAUGAAACAAAAGGAGUAUGUAUAAGGGGUCAGAAGCUCGAUCCUACAGUGUUAACCGUCGGCCGCAUGUUGCUCUAAUUCGGUGUGUGUGUGUGUGUGUGUGUGUGUGUGUGUGUGUGUGUGUGUGUGUGCACGUGUAUGUGCCCAAGAAAGGGGACAAAAAAAGCUCAGCGUAGGUGUGUUUGUAUAAAAUGUGUUAUUGCGCGUAAAGAGGAGAAAAAAAAACACAAAGUGCGUGUGUCCCUGUUUGUAUGCACGUGUGUUGUGCGCGUGCAUAUGUACCGUAUGUUCGUGUACUGAAUCAGUACUUGCAUUCAGCAUGCCGUCUGAGCUGGGUAUCACAGUUUGAUAGGAUUUUUUUCCACAUGUUGAUGAUGUAUGUAAAAGUAUAUAUGUACAGUUUGUAUGUGAGAGACAAAAAUGGUGAAACCUCAAAGUGGAUUUGUUCUUCAAUAUCGCUGGAUCCGGCCACGGGGUCAUAAUCGAAAGAAACUUUUAUCUCGACCCGGUCAGUCAUUCCUCGCACACACGUUACUGCUGCAAGAACUGGACACAGUGAUGGAAAGACACUCAAA